AUGAGCUCUUAUUUUGUCAAUUCACUCUUCUCCAAAUACAAAACUGGGGAAUCUUUGCGCCCCAAUUACUAUGAUUGUGGGUUUGCUCAGGAUCUAGGAGGUAGACCCACAGUUGUCUAUGGACCCAGUGCUGGGGGAACCUUUCAGCAUCCUACCCAAAUUCAGGAGUUUUACCACGGAACAUCCUCUCUGUCCUCACCCCCUUACCAGCAAAAUCCCUGCGCUGUGACCUGCCACGGGGAUCCAAGCAGCUUCUAUGGAUACGACCAUUUACAAAGACAGAGCCUGUUCAGCACCCAGGACUCGGACUUAGUCCAAUACGCUGACUGCAAGCUGGCCUCAGCUGGCCUGGGGGAAGAAGCAGAAAGCUCUGAGCAGAGCCCCUCUCCCACGCAGCUCUUUCCGUGGAUGAGACCACAAGCAGCUGCCGGCCGUAGGAGAGGAAGGCAGACUUACAGCCGCUACCAGACCCUGGAACUGGAGAAAGAAUUCCUCUUCAAUCCCUACCUGACGCGCAAAAGGCGCAUUGAGGUAUCUCAUGCUCUAGGACUCACCGAGAGACAGGUCAAAAUCUGGUUCCAGAACAGGAGGAUGAAAUGGAAAAAAGAAAAUAACAAGGACAAGUUCCCCAGCAGCAAAUGUGAGCAGGAAGAAAUGGAGAAACAGAAAAUGGAGAGGGCGCAGGACACAGAGGAAGGGAUGGAUGGACAAAAGGGGGAAAAGAGUAAUUAAUGUGGACUUUAAGCCAUCGAGGAGGCUUCCUUAUUGUUGUCCUACCUUCCAUCAAAUAAUACAGGAGGGAGACACAAUGCCCCUGGAUGAGAUCCGGCCCUAACCCCUCUCUGUAACCCAUCUUAUUUGAUACAUAAAUUACCAGUGCCCCUUAAGACAUGAUGUCUUCCUAUCUCUGGUGGGGGUGGGUCAGCGUGGACAAAAUGACUUUCUAGUGUUUGUGUUUAACGCAAUAGCUUUUGUGGAUCUUAACUUGGGGUUUAUUUGGUCGGGAAAACGUUUGCUAUAGAAGUUUUGUGUGCACUAUCCUGUUUGUGGUAACUGUAUUUCUUUAUAUAUGUACAGAUAUAUAUAUAUAUAAAAGAAAGAAACCAACAACAUGAAACUGCCUAAUUGAGCUGUAGGUCCCUCUAACACAUUAGAUCCCCAUCUUUGUUUUGUCCCCAGUGUUUGCAGGAUUUGAGUUAGCAUGCGCGCAGUUGUGGUAUUAGGGUUCCUGUGAGCAGACUGUAUACUGUAUAUGUGAAUACCUUUUUUAUGAGGGGUGGGGGUUGAUUCUUUAUUUUGUUUGUUCUGCACACUUUGUUCUAUUGUCUAAACCAUGAAGCGGCGGAAGAAGACCUGUAAUAAAAGUUUACAAGAGGGAGUCGUGA